CUUGGAUCGUGCAACCUUGUCAUUGCUCCAAAAAAAUAAUUGGUUUGGGUGGUUUAAGAAUAAGAUGUCAGACUAUAUAUAGAGAUGUACACAAAAUUUGAUCAAUAUGUGUUUGGUUGUGAGUGAUAUACAUCAUUUUCCAAAAAUGAAACUGGCCGCAUUUUUUAUGUUAAUUGCUUAUGCUGUGGCUGAUAAACUUCAAAACAAUUACUUACCACCGGCAAACUCAGGAGCUUCAGAUGGAGGUGAAUUUCUUACUGCGCCUUCUAGAGUAGCCAACGUUUUUGCAGGAUUCAGGUCCAGUCGACCUACGUCGGCCUCCUAUAACGUGUACCAUUCAUCACAAUUUGGAAAAUCUGCAUCUUUGGUUGACCGACCCAAUGUAGCAUUCAGAAACUCUGAAUUCUCAUCUUCUGGUCCUCAAAUUCCUAUUUUAAGACUCACUAGUGAAAAUAAUGGAGAAGGCAGCUACAGAUUUGCAUACGAAACCGAUAAUAGCAUAUCGCACGAAGAAGAAGGACAUCAAGAAACCAUUGGAGCAGAACAAGGCAACAUAGUGCAUGGCAGCUACACUUACCAAUCCCCCGAAGGUCAAACAUUUACUGUUCACUACAUCGCUGACGAGAAUGGUUUCCGCGCUACUGGAGACCAUCUACCAGUCGCACCUCCAGUGCCAGAAGCUAUCCAGAGAUCCCUCAACCAUAACUUAAUCACUAAACAGAGUCUUGUGGAUGUUAGCAGAACGAACAACGAAGAUCACAUCGGAGCUAAUAGUGAUAAUUCAGAAGCUCACGAUUUAAAUUCUGUCGAAGUUGGUAGAAAUGAUGGUGGUAAUGUUAACAGACAGUAUUUGGGACCAUUCAAGAAUAACAAUAAUGGAUAUAGGUAUUAGUUUUUACACCACAAGUAGCAUUUUUUAUCAGAUAUUGUUGUACAGGGUUUGUAAAAUAGUUUAUCAAAUAUUAUUUGUAGUUUUAAUACGUAUGAAAGCAUAAAUAAAAGAAGAAAAACUUAUA